AUGAAGCUGCAGAACAACAUCUCGUAUCAGAUGGCAGACAUACAUCGGCUAAAGGAACAACUGGCAGAGUUGCGGCAGGAGUUCAUCCGGCAGGAAGAUCAGCUGCACGAGUACAAGAAGAACAACACGUACCUGACAAGGAGGCUGGAGUAUGACAGCCUGCAGUGUGGGCAGCAGAUCAAGGAAAUGAGACUGCAGCAUGAAGAGAAUAUCAAGAAAUUAAUGGACCAAAUUGCUCGGGAACAAAAGGCCACACAAAAAGUUCAGUCUAGUAAAGACACUGCAGUCAGCCCCAGCAAUGGUGACCAGGCAAUCCCUGAGACCGUUGCAGAGGUGGAAGAUAAAGACAUUGUGAAGAAUGAGGAGCCUUCAGAACAUGUUGCAAAUGGCAAAGAGAAAAUCAAACCAGGAGGAGAUGCAGGCAUGCCUGAAAUAGAAGAUAAUGACCCUGCUAAAGCUGAAGAUACUCCCACUGCUUUAAAGAGGCCACUUAUUUCAGCUCCUAAAAGUGAAGGUCACCAGCCUGCUAUCAAUCUUCCAACUGAACAGCCCCAUGCUCCAAACCUGGCACCAGGUUUGCCCAGUGACAGUGAUGGAAACGCUGACAUUGCCAAGCAGAUCCCUCCAAAUUCCCUCCAGCACUUGAAUUUUGAAGAAAAUGUGGACACCCAGAAGGAGCACAAGGUUGAGCCAGACCAGAUAAAAAUCCCAAAGAGCCGAGUUAGUGACUUGCAGAAGAUUAAGCAAAGCCGGUUCUUUGAUGAGAAUGAAUCCCCUGUGGACCCGCAGCAGGGUUCUAAACUGGCAGAUUAUAAUGGGGAUGAUGGGAACGUGGGUGAGUAUGAGGCAGACAAACAGGCCGAGCUGGCUUACAAUGAGGAAGAGGAUGGUGAUGGUGGAGAAGAAGACGUCCAAGAUGACGAGGAGCGAGACCUGCAGAACGACCUGGGGGACUACAGCAAGUCCCGCCUCAGCGAGGGGGUCCUGUAGGCCCCGGGCACAGAGAGCUCAACCCAGGACCCUGAGGUGCUGCAGAACUGGACCUGUUUUACUCCAGUGUUUCCUGCUUCCAGGGAAGCUGAGGAUCAAGUGCCGAGAGUGCUCAGCAGCAGGAGGAGAGGACCCCCUCUGUACAUAUGUACAUAUUUGUACUGUUGCAGGUUGUAUUAAACCCACAUCUUUGCUGUUACAUGGAGCUGGUUACUCAGCCUGGUCCUUACCUGUAAUAAUCUCUACACUUAAACCCAGUCUAUAAACACAGGCUGAACUGUUUCUGCCACGUGGAACACUCGGAACCCAGAGAACUUGUACAGUUUGUACCUGAUGUAACAAAGCCACUGUGGAAGCCACGUACAGCCAAGAACUCCUUUUCUACAGUCCCACCUGUGUGGCAGAGCUGCUGCUCCCGAGUGCUGGGGCUUGUACAGCAGUGAGAAUGGCAUGUCAGAGGGACUGGGAACUGAAUGGUGCAGUAACUGCUGCUUCCUCACUGCAACCCAGCACCACAUCCCACUGAACUCCUGUGCAGUGACCACAUCUCCUAGCUAGAGCUGCAAAUCUGUAGUAGGACUUGAGUAAUUCGAUACAUCCCAAAAAAGCUGUGCAACUAAUAGCUCGAUUUAAAAGGUGAUAGAAAUAAUUUGCAGCUUGUAGGAAAUCCUUGUGUUAAAGAGGGUAAGUGUGUCAGAGAGACACAUCUCCAGCAGCUGUGUCAGCCCCUGGAUGGAAGGACCAGCCUUAGCCCAGGUAAACACGCUGUGGGGGCUGGUUUGCUGUCCCAGUGUCCAUCCCAGCUCCAGCCACUCCAGUUCAUUUCCAGUUCAAUGCCCUGAUCCUGAGCACCCAGCACAUCCCACGGUUUGGUUUCCUCCAUCAGACCUGUAAGUCAGACCCUUUUCUGUAUUCUGUAUUCACACUCAGAAUUGAUGGGGAUGAUUCCAUUGCUCUGCAGUGGUGGGAAUGAAGGGGAUUGUCCCCCCUGCUCCCCCAGGACACAGGCUGAUGGCCCUGGUGAGGGUGAUUGAACUCAUCCCUGUGCUCUGGUGCUGGGCUGAAGUAAUGGGUCAGGUUUGCUCCUUGGCAGCUCAGUGAACCUCUUAAAUAAAGUUCAAUGCUUGUACAAUUA